UAAACAUUGAUGACGCACAUACUGCUUCCUGUUUGCUUCCUGUUUGCGGCUUCCUCAGUUUGCGUGUUUGUCCCACAGACUGUUUAUAAAGUUUGUUCUUUCAUUCCUCGUUUCACGACGCGAGUCCGGCUCCGGUCAUGAGCGCCAUCAUUCCCCGGAUCGAGCAGCUGUCCGCCCGGGUGGUCCGGGUGUUGGGCUGCAACCCGGGACCGAUGACUCUGCAGGGGACCAACACUUACCUGGUCGGCACCGGGCAGAGGCGUGUGCUGAUAGACACCGGAGAAUGUGCCGUGCCUGAAUACAUCAGCAGUCUGAAACAAGCUUUGACACAGUUCAACACCAGCAUCCAGGAGAUCAUCAUCACUCACUGGCACCACGACCACGUGGGAGGAGUGGAGGACAUCUGCAGGGACAUCACCGGUUCUGAUGUGAGAGUCAGCAAACUGCCUCGCGCCACGCAGGUCAGGGAGUCCGCUGGAGAGAAGAGCUAUACUUACCUCAGAGAUGGAGAUCUCGUCCAGACAGAGGGGGCUACGCUCAAAGUGCUGUUCACCCCGGGUCACAGCGAUGACCACAUGGCCCUGCUGCUGGAGGAGGAGCAGGCGCUCUUCUCUGGAGACUGCAUCCUGGGCGAGGGCACGGCUGUGUUCGAGGACCUGUACGACUACAUGAGAUCCCUGAAGGUUCUGCUGGACUCGCAGGCCGAUCUCAUCUACCCUGGUCACGGCCCCCUGGUUCAGGACGCCGGCUCGAAGAUCAGACACUACAUCAGCCACCGGCAGCAGAGAGAGCAACAGAUCCUGGCGGCCAUUCAGGACGGAGCAGGAAAACCUUUCUCCUCCAUGGAGCUCGUGAAGAUCGUGUAUGAGGAAACACCUGAACACCUGCACCGAGCAGCUAAUGUCAACUUGGUCCAUCACUUAAAGAAACUGGAGAAAGAAGGCAAGAUUUGCGUGGUUGAGUCCUCAGAGAACAUGAAAUGGAAAAGUAACCUGUGAUUUUCACCAAGACACUGAAGAAAAAGACUCUACAGCCGUCUUCAGACAUGUCCUGUGGGGGACCUCUGGAGAAUUGGGUUUGGACGUUUUCCUUUCGCCCACGAACGACGCAGCGGGAGCUUCUCUGCACAGACGCAUUCGAAACAGCAACAAAUCAAACGAGAGGUGGAGCAGCAGACAGAGGCAGGACGUAACAUGUUCAUUCAGCUGCAGUGAGCACAUAGUUUUUUAAUUACAGCACAUCGACACCGGCGUCGGCAUUUUAUCACCACAAGCUCUCCUGACAUCUUUGUCUGUGUCCUCUACAUGUGUGGCGUUGCUUUAACAUGCAGAGAUUUAACGUCCAUCAACACGCUCACUAUAAAUCAUAACUGUGCAGUAGGUCAUUGAAUGAUUGGUGGUGAUGUUGUUGAUCUUCCCUUCACUCGGGCAGGAUUAUGAAAUAAGGAAAAAGAGGGGGGGGGGAUGAAAAAUCGGUCUCAAAGACUUUCAACUCUGACUCAUUGUAAACUUUGAUUUUUGAUAAUUAACCUCUAUGACCUCAUUGUUAGAAGUGCCUAAAUGUAUUUUCAAUGAGUCACUAGAGGGCAGUAUCUGCUGUCAUUUAACUUGAGAGGUAAAACUUUGAGCGUUGCAGUUUUUGUUCCUGCGAAAUGACCCAAGAAUUUUUAGGUUAAAUUCUAAUGUGAAUUAAUUUUACUGUGAAUGUGUGUUGGAGAAUUUAAAAUAAUGAAUCAUCA